UGUGAAUUGACAACGUGAUUACGAAGAACAAUGUGAACUUGAUUAGUGGUCUAAACGGCCUGCUCAAGAAUCUAGUGGCAGCUUUUUGUUGCGUUUCAUACCUGAUUGUAAGCCGGUCUCUGCUGGUGAAAUUUACCUACUGACGAUACGUUCGUUGACGCGAUAAGCUCGACUUCCUGGGAAACCCCACGUCACGUCACGCUCCGUCUCCCAACCAACACUAACCAACCAUAACUUGUAUUCAACGUCAUCCACAUCCUCAAAGAUAGUGCGCGGUUCUGCCGAAACCGGUAGGACCAAGAUACAGACCGAAGCAAUCGAUCGCCCGUCAUGGGCGAACUCGCGGAUUACCUGGCCGCCAACGACGCCAACUUUCGCAAGGCCCGUCUCCCAGCCUUAUACUCUGACUUUCGUCCUCAGAGAACACUCAACCCCGACGGCUACCGUGCCAACAUUACUGCGUGGCAGAAUGCUCUUUCACUCCUGUCUUCGAAAUCACUUCUACCAUCGUCGUCUCCUCUUAUUCUAAGUGUCGACAAAUCGCUCCUUAGAAACCUCGAGAGUCGGCAAUACGGGCAACCCCUUGCGUUAGGAACUGCUAUACGAGAAGGCAUCCAAGGUCGUGAACUAUACCCCCUCAAUGCCUUCCUGAAACAAGAUCAGAGCGUUUACCAUCAUGGAUGGGGAGAGAUUCCAUGGAACGUUGCGGGGUGGACCUUGAGAACAUUGGGCAUCGUUGAUCCUUCUCGGGGAGAGGACAGGCUGCCGACUGGGCAAUACGUCCUAGUCCAGAACUUGGAGGCUGCAGCGCGAGAACUGAAGUCGGCAUUGGCAGCGGGAUCAUCGGUGUUUGAUCGGGUCUUCACCAAAGCGCAAUUCCGAAAUCAGUUUGCAUCGAAACUCAUGCCCGGCUAUCAACUGGACGAGAAGGACAUGGAUGUGAUAUUACGAUUUCUGGCUAGGGACACGAACGCAAUAGAGUACGAUGGCAACAUUAUUCGAGUCAAGGGACAAAGCCAGGAGGGACCAAUUACAGAGCAGGACGCCUCAGUUGCCAGCUUGAAGGAACUCAUGGGACGACUCGAGCAUCAGGUCACUAUAUUGAAUGAGCGCAUCGCUGCUCUUGAGCUCACCGCAAAGGAGGCAGUCGGGAGGAAGAAUAGGCUGCAGGCGCUUGCGGCUCUGAAGUCGAAGAAGCUUGCGGAAAGCUCGUUGAGCACGCGCUAUGCGACACUCCACCAGCUGGAAGAGGUUGCGCACAAGAUACAACAGGCAUCCGACAAUGCUGCUUUGGUGAACGUCAUGGAGUCGAGUGCCGGCGUGCUGGAAGGCCUCAACAAACAAGUCGGCGGUGUCGAGCGGGUCGAUGCUGCUAUGGACAAGAUACGCGACGCGAGCAGUGAGGCAGACGAGGUGGCUGCCAUUCUUGCAGAGGGAGGCCAGGCUGUUGACGAAGCCGAGAUUGACGACGAACUUGAGGCCAUGAUGUCCGAGGAAAAGAACAAGGAAGAGGAGAAACAGCAACAAGCAAAGGAGAAGCAGCAAAGGGAGGCGGACAAGGAGGAAGAAGACAGGGUGAAACAGAAACUCAAAGACUUGCCGGACGUGCCUAGAGAGCGCGAAAAGACACCGACUUCAGAGACAGGGUUGGCAAACUUGUCUAUGGCGGACAAGGAGGCACCCGUGGGGAAUUAGAGGUUUUACGGGUGACUAUGUGCCAAAGCCCGCACGCUAGGAUACCAUAAUCUGAUUGACCUUAAAUG